AUGAGUUUGGUGACGUGUGGAUUGCGAUCUGCGAGUCUGCUUCCGGGAACGGGAACGUCCGAACGGUCACGGUGCCGAAGGAAGCAGACCGUCGGAUCCGGGACAGGAACGAUGCUGGAAACGGGCACCGUGAGCCAUGGGUCAGGCCCCGGCGACACGGGCACGGGGAGUUGCCGCAGCAAUAUCGGAUCCACGUCGGUGCUGCAGCCGUCCAACAGCCAGAACCACGGGCCCGGCAGCAGCAGUAGCAACAUCGACGACAAUCCCAUUCCGGCCGAUCUGCGCUGGAUCGAGCGGAUGGUGAUGGAGGCCGAACAGCAGUACCCCGGGGAGUUGGUGCGUACCGACAGUCCCUACUUCCUGUGUUCCGCCCUGCCGAACCAUUGGCGCUCGAACAAAACGCUCCCGAGUGCCUUCAAGGUGAUAUCGCUCGGGGACGUCAGCGACGGCACGAUGGUCACUAUCCGGGCCGGCAACGACGAGAACUUCUGCGCCGAGCUACGCAACUGUACCGCCGUGAUGCGCAAUCAGGUGGCCAAAUUCAACGAUCUCCGGUUUGUGGGCCGCAGCGGACGAGGGAAAAGUUUUACGCUUACCAUUACGAUCUGCACGACGCUGCCACAGGUCACUACGUACUGUAAAGCGAUAAAGGUGACAGUGGACGGUCCACGGGAACCACGAUCGAAAACGAAUACACCACAGAUGCGUCCACCACCGUUGCAUCGGUUUUUGGAGCAACCCGCGUUCAACCAUCAUCACUAUCCUGGCCGACCGUCAUCUUUCGGCGGUACCGGCGGAAACAACGGACUCGGCAGUAACGGCCUCGGCACCGGACCGGGCACCGGGGCUAGCGGCGGCAUUGGAGUUGGUCCUGGCAGUGGCGGAACCGGUCUCGGUAGCGGAAACGGCAAAUCCUCUUCUGUCAACUACAGCAACACCGGGAGCGGUGGCAGUCUUCAUGCGCAUCAUCAUCAUCAUCAUCACCAUCAUCACGGUGCCGGCGGUACGGGUGGCAGCGGCGGGACGGGCGGCAAUAUGACCAUCAAUACCAGUACCGAAUCGAGCAGUGAUUACAAACCUAAUCUCGCGCUUUCAGACUACACGAACGCGCCCGACUGGACGAACGGGUUGGGAGCACCUUCGAGCACGUCCUACAUGAACACCUUCUCCCCGCUGCAGGCCAGCCCUCCGUCGUACGUGGCGUACGAGUCCUGCCCCAUGGUGGACCACCCCAAUUACAGUCUGACGGCGUCCGGAGUCGUUUUAGAUAACCUGCAACCGUACCAAGAUUACUACGGACUUUCUGGACCACCUCCGCCGCCGCCACCACCACCACCACCGGUAGCUCCCGUAGCACCAGCGGUCAACGCACAAACCCAACUCGGUGGUGGUCAGAUUGCGACCGGCGGUGGUAGCUCGUACGUUGCCAAAACGGGAGACCUGGUAGAGGCGGGCUCCUAUCCCUCGUACCCCCAUCACACCCAAUGGACCAACGGGUAUCACGGUAGCUAUCAUCAUCACCAGUACAACCAUCCGGUGGCCGCAGCUCCCGGGUGUGCGUCUUCGCUAGCCGUGGCCACCCAACCCCCGGCAAGCUUCCACACACCGGCUGCUCCACCGCCGCCCCCACCGAUGGUGCUAUGUCCACAGAUGUUCAGCACAGUCAAUCAGAACCAAAUCCACGUGCAUCUGCACGGGUCGGGCAGCGAAAAGUUCGAACACUACUUUGGCGCCGCGGACAAUGGGUUCACGAUUAAUUCGUUUCCCGGGUCAAGCAUUCGAUCAGUGCCAGCACCGGUGACUUCCUCGCUGUCUGGGUCGUCCGUAGACAUCGGUGGUAUCGGUACCCAUCAUCAGGAUAGCGCUGGAGGCUCGGUGGCCGCGAACGAUACACUCACGGCGUUACUCUCGGCACAUCACGAGGAUGCGCCCCAUACCAGUGCGGAACAACAGCAGCAACAGGAUCAGGAAGGUCGGGGUGAAGAACCGGUAUCCGGAGAUCCGAGCAGCGUUUGGCGACCUUAUUGA